GAAGUACCACUGUAUUAAUCCAGCUAGUUCAGCAUUUUUUCUACACUGACUGGCAACAGUUUUCAAGGAGAGGGCUCUCUUAGCCAUACAUGGAGUUGCCAGGGAUUGAAUUUAGAACUUGUUGCAGGCAAUGCAGGUGAUAUACCUCCAAGCCUUCCCUGCUCUGAAAGACAGCUAGAGGAUGCGGAACAAUUGAUUUUUAAAAAGAGUUUAGUCAAGUUAACAGUGUGAUCCUAUUCUUGUCUUAUUAGAGAUUUGAGUUCAAUGGGACUUAAUAAUCCAAGUAAGGAAAUACACCAAGACUGCAUUCCUAAAUAAAAUGUAGGAAGUACUAAGCCCCCAUUUUACUUUUGGAUUAACAAAGUCAACCAGUAUUGGAAAGCGUGGAUUCUGGUGAGCUUUUACCAGUUCACAUCCUAGCCUUGUAUUUACAUCCAAUAUCCACUAAACUGGAAACAAUGACCUUUUUCUGGCCGUAGUAACUGAAGUAUGUUUUCUACCCGAGAUCAAAUAAUUUGACUCCAUUGACAUUAAUAGCAUAAACACGCAGGAAUAUUUCCCUGCAUGCAUACGGAGCAUGCUUUUUAAACUGCACGAGCUCCUUUUAGCUGCUUAAUGGGGGGGGGGGCUCACAAUGUUUCUCCACUCUAUUUGUCAAACGCCUUCCUUAUCUUUCUGCGUCAAAGACAGUUUCAGGAACUGAUUGAACAAGGCUGCACUGCCCGCCCCAGGUGUUUUCCCCCUCCUCCUCAAGCCAAUGAGUUCACUGUGCCCGAAGCCUUCAUGCAUCUUCAGACACACCUCUGCCAGGUGAAAAAGGAAAACCUAUAUUCACACAGGGAAAAGAACUCGGAAGCUACAGUGAUGCUGGCAAUCUCUCUCAAUGGCAAACAUUUCCCAGCGGUUUGAAAAGAACCAUCUGACCGGAAGAGCCGAGCCAAUGGAGUCUAGACACUGGAUCAUCACUUCUUACUGCUGUUACUUCUACCAGUUUCUCAAUGGUAGUAUGUUUCCUCCUAGCCUGAUGUCGCCUCUUGUGGAUUGAUUGUAAGUUGCGUAUGCAACGCAUAUGUUAAACCCAGUAGUUUCCACUGCUGCUUCCCAAAGAAGAUGCCGGAUACCUUGUGUACAGUGCUACAUGCCUUCUUAAGCGUCUUCAUCCCAUCAUCCAACCUCUUGGUGAUCAUAGUCAUCUGUCAGCUGAGAAAGAAGAAACCAAGCAGAAACUAUGUCUUCAUCCUUAACUUGGCAGCUGCUGAUCUGCUGGUUGGUGUGAUGUGCAUUGGGGAAGCUUUGGAUGAUGCGACAGAUGCACUAUUUGACCGAAAUCUGUAUAUUUGUCUCUUGCGGAUCUGCAUGAGCAUCACUCCUUGCAUUGGGUCCAUUCUCACCUUGCUUUUGGUUUCUCUGGACAGGUACUUGGCAGUGAAGCUGCCUCUUCAUUACCCUACACUGAUGAGCAAGAAACCUAUAGUCUUCUCUCUUGUUGUCCUGUGGACGGUUUCCUUCUUGGUGGGACACAUGCCACUUAUUUUCUCACAACUUCAACAGAGUGAACUCUCGGGUAGCUGUGGGGUCCUGGCAGCAGCCAAGAGUGACUACCUGUACAUAAUCUGCUUUGGCAUCUAUAUCCCUGCCUUGCUGACCUUGGUCUGUUUACAUAUCUCGGUGGGGAGGAUUGCUUAUCUUCACCAGAAGCAGAUCCAACGUGUCUGCUUGCACCCAGAUACCCCUACUGCUCCUCUCCGCCAUUUCAAAGCUCUGAGGACAGUCCUCAUUGUGAUUAUCUGUUUUGUCCUCUUCUGGAGCCCUUAUUAUGUAGCUGCCAUUGUGAAAGCUACUUGUACCUCCUGCAUCCUGAGCUCACAGCUGAAGGAUUUGUUAUACAUUUUAGGAGAAGCCAAUUCUCUGAUAAAUCCUUUUAUCUAUUCGCUAUACAGCAAGGAUAUAAGAACCCAGUUGGUCAAAAUGAUGAAGUGUAAGGGAAAGGGACAAAUAAAACCCCACAGGUCUAACAGGUUGGCAGUGACCCAUUUCAACAUCAUAAACCAAAGUGACUUACCCUGCGGAGGAAAUUCAUCUGGGGAUCAACCCCCUAAAUCUCCUCCCUUCAACAGUUUCAGAGGAGUACUCACCAUUUCUUGAUUCAAGGCGGAAGAGAGGAAACCCACCAUAAAGCAGGUGGAAAGCUUAUUGUGCACUGAUCAUCAGUAAAAAAAGGUAAUGCAGAAAAAGUCCAAAUGCGCAACCAAGUUUUCUGAACUAAGGUUUGGGCUUCCUAUUCUAUCUAUUCCACUACUGGGCAGUUAACCAUAAUUUGGUGACGCAGAGAUCAACAGUGAGCUAAGAAAACAGUGCUGCGUAUAUUUUCCCCCUCUUAGUGUUCUUUUUAAUAAGUGCCUUUUGGGAAUAAGUGUGCAAAUAAUUUUACCCUAACGCAGAAUUUUGUACGUGGUGUUAUCCAGUCUACCUUCCCUUUGUAAGAUAUAUGUUCCUUUUUGCCUGGUUAUCUGGUUCCACAUGUGGCGAGAUAAACGAGCUAGAAGGCGAAAUGUGUUGGGUCUAGUUUAAGUACCAAUUUCUAUGCAGUUAAUUUAAUCAAAGCAUCAAUAAACAAACUUAAAUAUAAACCCAAAUCUAUCUCCAGCCUUUACGUUCUUCUCCCACCCUUAUUGCUGCAUUACAUUGUUAUUUAUUAAAUUGUUAAACUUAACCGCCCCCCCCCGCCCUGUUCUUGGGAGGACGUCCCAUAUAGCUGUUGCUUCCACUGAGUUGCUGCCUGUUUUCUAACAAGACGGAGAACAGAAAUUAGUGGCCAUGCAGGGCUAUUCAGGGAAACUUGACAGGCAUGGCACAUAAGCAAUUGGUUUCUGGUAUUGCUACACCCUUCAAUUGCUUGUGAAAGGCCACAGUACAAAGUUGUAUAUGAUAGGAAUCGACUCAUGCUGCAGAUCAGAUGUGAUGAAGUUUUGGCUCCUUUGUAAGUUGUAAACCUCACAAAGAUCCAAGCCAUGCUGCCAGGACCAUUACAGCCGCAUCUGUGACACAAUGGAUGAGUCCACCUGUCUAAGCUCAAUUCCUCAAUUAGAGUCUGGACCCAGAACCAUAACAGCACCUAAAUCAUAGAGUUGGGUGGUACUAAAAUGCCAAUCUAAUUUAACUUCCUGCCUAAAGUAGGCUCCGUGUCCCCCUUUUCUGCUGAAUAACAUAAGAAGGUACUGCGUGUUAUAUGUGACCAGCAUAAAUGGAACUGUUAUUAAAUGAAUCCUGAGGUAUGAUUUCCGAUACCUCUAGAAUUCAACAUAACGGUAAAUAUUCCUUUGAACAACGAAACAAGUGUCUUCAUAUAACAUAAUCAUGAUCAGGCUGGUGAAUUUAAUGUUUCCAUGAUUAAGGUGU